CACGGUCACAAUGGGUCUACAUAUGAAGAUGUUUGGAGGGCCUCAGUUGGCCUCUUUCCGACCUACUGGUCUGACAACACCGUUCACUGCGAUUCCAUUCUCGCGAUGCUUCUCUACCACAUCCCCCGCGCUCGACUGGCUUACGCCCAAAUUUGCGGAAAGAUCUAAGUCGCCAAAGGGUCGUCCGCAUGUCGCCACCGGUGGUUCUACUCGGGGUACGACUGUUGUGUGGGGGGACUAUGGAUUGCGCAUGAAAGACCACGACCGCAGAGUACCGGCUCUACACCUCAGAAUCGCAGAGGAGACAAUCAAGCGGAGGCUACGUGGAAUGGACUACAACCUGUACAAGCGUGUGAGCGCCAACAUUGGUGUCUACACCAAGGGUAACGAACAGCGUAUGGGUAAGGGUAAGGGAAAGUUCGACUACUGGACGGCGAAAGUUGCCGUGAGCCGGGUGGUCUUUGAGAUUAGCGGGAAAGUCCACGAGAAGGUCGCCAGGGAGGCAUUCCGUUUGGCAGGCCACAAGUUGCCCGGUCUUUGGGAAUUUGUCAAGAAGGGCGACCCUCCUGUGGUCGGCCUGACGAAGCUCGGAAACGGUGUCACCUUGGAAAGCCUCAAGCGGCCACGCAGAAACCUGCCCCUCGGUACGGACGCCGAAACCACAGGACCCAAGUCGGUUACGUCCAGCCCAUCUUCCUCCCAAUAAAUACAUUCCGCUUCCAUCGUCGUCUUUCUCAUGCCUUUAUUACACGACCGCGCCGAUAUUAAGCCCCAAUGCCUGAGCCGGGCCCAUACCUCUGUUGACUUCUCGUCUUCGCCGCUACUCUAUCAUUACCCUCUUGGGCUUGGUUCUCGGGCUUCAGAUCUUUUGUACACUAUUGUCAGCUUCUGACAUGUUUUCUUUUUCAUGUAUUGUCUUAUAUGCAAAUGACUUUGCCACGAGGAGUUCGACAAAAGGGAAAUGAAUACAAUACAACAUACCUUUAUCCGUUUCACCUCGCAAACCACCUCCGGGUUCACCGGUUUCCAGCUGAUGAGCCAUUUUCAAGUCCUCGUCUUUGUGCCCACCAGAUCCGAACGUAGUUUUCAUUUGGCUUUUUGUGUGCUUCUCGCCGGCUGGAGUUCCGGUUAGUUAUUGUUCUCGGUGAUUACUGUAGCAAUACCUACCACCUAGCUGGCCAGUCUGCUUU